AUGAUGACCAAUUUCAGCCAAUCUGUGACCUCUUCUUUCAAUGCUACAAUGGGAUACAAUUCAACUGAGAAUCCUGAGAAAUCGAAUAGGUCACUUGUUGAUUAUAUUAUAUUACUUUUAUUCAUCGUCAGUCUUCUUAUCAGCUUUUCUGGACUUGUAGGGAAUGGAAAGGUCAUUUGGCUUCUUGGGUUCCGCGUUAAGAAGAAUCCCUUCACCACCUACAUUUUGAGCCUCUCCAUUGCUGACUUUCUUGUGCUCACAGUUCUAGUUCCUAUUAAUAUUUUGUUUAUUAUAUAUUUAUUUGAGAGCAUUUUUCUCCAUUUCCUUCUUUAUUUGUGUCUCUGGUUAGAAUCCAUCUUUCUAGCCACAUUCACUGCUAGUCAGUUCCUGUUGACAGUCAUUAGCAUUGAUCGGUGUGUAUGUAUCUUCUUCCCACUUUGGCAUCGAUGCCACCGCCCAACACAUUUGUCCACUGCUGUAUGUGUUGUGAUAUGGAUCUUCGCUUUUUUAAUCUUUGCUACAGACAUCACCCUGAAAGUCUCUUUUCACUAUACUGAAUUACUGUCCUACCUGUUUGCCUUCAAUACUGUGCUUUCCAUGCCCAUCAUGUGUGUCUCCACUACAGCCAUAUUAAUUAAAAUCUGCUUAAACUUGCAGCUAAAGAAACAGGGAAAGCUGAUAAGAGCUACCUUACUUACACUUGUAUUCUUCAUCCUCUUUGCUUUCCCAGUUAAUGUCUAUUAUAUUUUGAUCUUUUUAAAAUUACAAUCUUCUGAAUUUGCUGUAUAUGUUUAUCUAUGUUUAUCUCUAAACAGCACAAUUAACCCCAUAAUUUAUUAUUUUGUAGGAAGAGGGAAAAGAGGUAAAUUCAGCAAGGGAAUAAAUAAUGUACUUGAGAAACUCUUCAAGGAGGAGGAAGACUAUAGGGAACCACAGGAAACCACAACUGAGACAGAGUUAUAG